AUGGCCAGAAUAGUGGCAAUUAGUAAUUCUACACAUAAUUCUAAGAGCGCCAGAAAUUAUACAGGAGUUAAUGCACAUAACCUACAAAAUAGGACUGAAAAUCAUAAUAUGAGAAUGGCUACAACCACAACUAUAGAAAUUAACUCCUCGCUUAAAAAUAGUAGUGCUACACAAUUAAUAUCGUUGAGAACUGAGGAAUAUUAUGAAAAGCAAGGAAACACUAAUAAGGAGAUAGAUACUAAUGAAAGUUUGACAUCUUUUAAUCAUUUACAAAAUAAACCAAAGGAAUCAAACAAAAGUGGAUCUCGAGUAUGCUGGGAUGAGAGUACAGUUGAUAAUGAAUUUAUGAAUAAAAGAAAAUCCAAAAAAUGUUGUAUAUAUCAUAAACCAAAGCAAUUUGGAGAAUCAUCCUCAGAAGAUGACUCUGAAAGUGAAGAAAUAUGUAGUUAUAAUAAUAGAAAAAAAAUUAUAGAUAAGUAUAGCAAAGUAAAUGGUGAUUAG